GCAGAGACCGGCGCGGGGUCCCCGGAGCCGGCUCGCCGCCCCGCCGGGGGCUGGUAUGUGGUAGGGUAGGGCCAUGUAUUGGAAGAGUGACCCGAUGUUCGUCUGCAGGCUGGAGGACAAGGACUUACCCGCGCUCGGGGGCCCGGCGGAGAAGGCCAGCCCCGCAGCAGCUGACGAGGACUCCUGCUCUUCCUCCGCUGCCCUGUCGCCCUCGUCAUCGCCGCGGUCCAUGGCCUCAGGCUCAGGCUGCGCCCCUGGCAAGUGCGUGUGCAGUAGCUGCGGCCUGGAGAUUGUGGACAAGUACCUGCUCAAGGUAAAUGACCUCUGCUGGCAUGUGCGCUGCCUCUCAUGCAGCGUUUGCAGAACAUCCCUGGGAAGGCACACCAGCUGCUACAUCAAAGAUAAAGAUAUCUUCUGCAAACUUGAUUAUUUCAGGCGCUACGGCACUCGCUGCUCCCGCUGCGGGCGGCACAUCCACGCCACCGACUGGGUGCGGCGGGCCAAGGGGAACGUGUACCACCUGGCGUGCUUCGCCUGCUUCUCCUGCAAGAGACAGCUCUCAACCGGAGAGGAGUUCGCUCUGGUCGAGGAGAAAGUCCUUUGCAGAGUACAUUACGACUGCAUGCUGGACAAUUUGAAAAGAGAAGUUGAAAAUGGUAAUGGGAUUAGUGUGGAAGGAGCAUUACUAACAGAACAAGAUGUUAAUCAUCCAAAACCAGCAAAAAGAGCUCGGACCAGCUUCACAGCAGAUCAGCUCCAGGUUAUGCAAGCACAGUUUGCUCAGGACAACAAUCCAGAUGCACAAACACUUCAGAAGCUGGCAGAAAGAACAGGCUUGAGCAGGCGUGUUAUACAGGUGUGGUUUCAGAAUUGCAGAGCACGCCAUAAGAAACAUGUGAGUCCUAAUCAUUCAUCCACUGCUCCUGUCACAGCAGUUCAGCCCUCCAGGUUGUCUCCACCCAUGUUAGAAGAAAUGGCAUACUCUGCAUACGUACCCCAGGAUGGGACUAUGCUCACUGCUCUGCACAGCUACAUGGAUGCUCAUUCACCUACAGCUCUUGGACUUCAGCCUUUGCUACCCCAUUCAAUGACACAACUGCCACUAAGUCACACCUAAUUCCUUUUCAUCAGCGGUCUAAACUAUUCAAGAUGUAACCUUAAGUCACAGUGUAUUGAAAAGAUCAUUGGAAACAUAUUAAUGUCAACUUUUUAUUUAACACCCAGAGCAUUUUCGAGAAAAUUUUUGCCCAGGUAUGUACGUCUAUUUAGCCUGCAAGACACUUUUAUGGAUUCUGCAUAAGUAACUAUUACUUUGUUUACAAGCCUUAUUAAACACCUUUUUGUAUUGUCUGGAAGUAGUCUGCUCUAGCUAUGUGUGUGUUAAUUUAUUUGUCAUCAAAAGAGCACUUUGCCUAAAAGAAAGGACUGACAAUUGUGCAAAAUGUUUACAAUUCUUUGUGAAAUUGUAGUUUAUCAUUAGGUUUGUAUUUGUAAGUUAUUGCUAAAAUUAUUACCUGUAUUUGAGUUGUGUACAGCCUAUAUGUUAAAGCUUACUUCUGUGAGUUUACAAAAAUUAAUUUUGGUUGCAAAUAUUUUCAAAAAGAACUGAAUAAAGUUUCUGCUGUAGCAUGCCAAGCAAAAAUGUUGCUGUGUCUAGGGUUGAACUGUGAUCAUUUGUCAAGUGCUUAAAUUGAAUCUUCAAUUUAAGAGAAGGUCCCUGGUAUACUGAGGAACAUUAC